AUUUCAUGACAGUGUCAAUUUUUGUGUACGUUCUGCGAUUCCUACAAGACGAGUAUCUGGUAUCUCUGUCCAUUCUCACUUCUCUGAGAUAAAUAACUGACCAAGAAAGCGAUAUCACUCGCUCUUUUGAACUGGAAUCUCCAAAGAUAAGAAAAUAAUGAGCGAGGGAACAGAACCAGGGCCAAAAAAGUGCCGAACUUGCUUGGAGGAGUCUCCUGAAGUGGAGUCUCUCUACCAGAUAACAGAAAUUUCCAGGAAAAUUGCAGAUUUGGCGACGUUUCUUAAGGAACUGACUGAUCUUGAGUGCGAUGAAAAUGACGGAUUGCCGGCUUUUAUCUGCCUGGAGUGUGUCAAAGAAAUAUCCCGAGCUGUAACGUUCAAGGAGAAGUGCAUAAAUUCCGACAAUGUCCUGCGAGGAAGGAAUGUCGCGAAAAACACAGAGAAUCCUUCUGAAUACCAAGUAGAACCUGAGAAAAAGCCUCGGGAAUCCAAGAGAAAGAAAGGUACCACAAAGACAAGGAAGAAGGGAACAAAAUCUCAAUCAGGACCUCCCUUUAAAUGCGACAUUUGCUGCAAAAUCCUCAGCAAUUCGGGUUCCUAUCGCUAUCACAUGCGUCUCCAUUCUGAUGAGACUCCCUACCUCUGCAGUCAAUGCGGGGAAAAAUUUAAGACCAGAAAUGCCUACGAUGGCCACAUGAUGACCCACAAUUCCAACAAUCCUCACACUUGCAACAUCUGCGGGAAGUCCUACAGACAGGCAGCAUCCCUGAGGUGCCAUGUCCUCAAUCACACCGGAGAAAAGCCAUUCCUGUGUGUCCUUUGCGGAAAAGGAAUGACCCAGAAAAGUGGCUACAAGAAACACAUGCUAACGCAUACGGGAGAUAAGCCCCAUACUUGCGAUGUUUGCCAUAAAUCCUUCAGAUACUCAAGCAACCUACACGUCCACCGAAGAUCUCACAGCGACAAGAAGCCUUACGUUUGUGGGGAAUGUUCCAAGCGAUUUCACACUAAAGAACAACUAAAGCGACAUGUUCUUAUUCAUACCGGAUCAAAGCCCUAUUCCUGUGAGUACUGCAGCAAAAGUUUCAAUCGCCGGAGCACGCUGAAAGUCCACAGAUUCCUGCACACCGGAGAGAGAAAGUACAAAUGCAGCCAGUGCCCAAAGAGUUACAUCCAGCAACACUGUCUAAUCAGCCACAUGACCAGUCAUGCUAAGACUCCUGGGCAGGGGACCAGUGAAAGUCAGUCGAGUGUUUAAGAAGUUCGUUUUUUAUUUCGUGAAGUAUUCGAAUGAUAAAUUUUUCUCUAAAAUA